AUGGAUUUGGAUAUGAAGAAAAGUGAAAAGAAUAUGGGGAGAGUUUGGUCGAUAUCGCAGAUCGUGUUGCGAUUAAUCACUUUAUUCACUUCAGCGAUAUCUGCCAUGAUCGUUUUCAAGAAUCAUCAAACCAUCAAUAUUAUGGGAGGAUUAAGUUUCUCUACCAAAUACUCAGACGAUCCUAAUAUCAAAAUGUUUGCAGCUGCGAACGCUAUUGUAGCUUGUUUCUCCGUAUUCGCUUUGAUCUUCUCCCUUAUUGUCGUCUCUAAGAAAUCUGUCAACUCAUCCGUCUUCUUCUACUUCUUCCUUCACGAUUUGAUUAUGGUAACGGGGUUGGCAUUGUCGUGCGGUGCUGCAACUGCGGUCGGAUUCGAGGGAAAGCACGGGAAUUCGAAGGCGGGAUGGGCGGCGAUUUGCGAUAUGUUUGGAAAGUAUUGUAAAAGGGCAACCAUGUCUGUUACCAUUUCUUACUUAUGCCUCAUUACCUAUUUUUUUCUAUCCAUUCUAUCUGCACAAAAAUCAGGCCAUGCCUAA